CGCUCAUGACGCGGCGCGGGCGUUCCCGUCUAGGGAAUUUUCGUGUUGUCAUUAUCUGGACUGAAUACCCGAGAAUUUGAAUUCGUCUCAACGGAUAUAAACAGUAAACAGUGCUCAUUACAGUAACAAUUGUUGAUCCCAGGGUUUCCUCGUUUUUUUAGUCGUUAACUCGAGUUUUAGAGAUAAAAACAUGAGUGAAUUCAAGACGCCGACGUCCAGGAAAUGGAGAAACAGAAUCGAGGGGAAUUCCGAGCACCAGACACCCAUAAAAAUUCCAGCUUCGCCUUUUUUGAAACAAAUAGGUUACGGCUGUGGGGUGAAUGUAUUUACCCUGACGCGAUCACCGAAGGUGGGACUCAUCCGCUCGCCCUGGGCCAUAAAGAAGAGGAAUACGUCGGUUUCGAAAGACAAAAAGUAUGACGAGAGGAUCAGGCUGGAGGCAAAUAUUCUGAGGGUUCUUCAGCACCCGAAUAUCGUAGGAUUUCGAGCCCUCACAGAGUCUGAAACUGGAGUUCCCUGUCUUGCUAUGGAACAACUGGACGUUUCCCUUGGGGACAUGAUCGAGGACAGAGUGAGCAAUGGCGAGCCACAUUUCAAGGCUAAAGAGAUCGAAGGAAUCGGUUUCGAAGUUGCAAAAGGUCUUGAUUAUCUUCAUCAUACUGCCCACAUUCUCCACGGAGAUCUUAAGAGCUACAACGUCCUCGUCUCCAAAGAUCUCAAGACUGUGAAGAUCUGCGACUUCGGGGUCUCCGUACCUCUGACGAAGACUCUGGAGCUCGACAGGUCGACUGCUGAUUUUGAUUACACUGGCACCGAGUGCUGGAACGCACCGGAAGUCUUUACAGAAGGUGCCAUCACUAAUAAAACGGAUAUGUGGGCGUACGGUCUGAUCCUCUGGGAGAUGAUAGCCCUGUCGCCCCCUCACGUAGAGAUCGACGAGUCGAUAGACGAGUCCAUGUUCGACGGUUCGUUCCUGGGGAAUUCCACAGACGAAGGAGAGAACGACGACCCCAACGGAUCAUUACACGACAGUCUCUCGGUCUUAGAGGAAAAACUUCGUUCAAAAUACGGAACUCGUCCAGCCCUCCCAGCCAUCGAGAUCGGCCCAGAGUAUGACAAAAUUCUCGAGAUAUUCUUCAUUUGCACCGAUCAGGACCAGAAGACUCGCCCCAGUGCCAAGGGAGUUGUUUUAUUCUUCAAUAAUUACAUUUUCAAUUGCUGCAAAUCCACUGGAGGCCCCUCCACCAUGGAUUGCGAUACUUGAAUAUCUUUUCUAUUAGUAAUUACACCUAGAUAAUUAUUGAAAAUUAAUUAGACAAUGCAGCAAUAAUUUUUCUGUCGA